AUGUUGGGUAGCUCGAUCUCCGAAGUUUCCCGACGGAAAAGGGUUCGUAAGGGAACGAAGAGCUGCUGGGAGUGUAAAAGGAGAAAAAUCAAGUGUAUUCCCUCCCGAGAUCUCCCUAUCUGCUCUGGCUGUCUCGAAAGAAGAACUCCGUGUCUCAGUCAGGAAUAUGUGGAUGAUCCUUCGCCACAUCAUGCUGACGACUCAGCGUUAGCUCGGCGCAUGGCAAGAUUUGAGUCCUUACUAGAGACCUUGAUGGACACAACAAACUGGAACCAGCAUCGUAACUUGAACCCCUUAUCCAUUCCAGCGAUGGCGAAAGAGUCACGACCUUUCUUCCCAUCACGGUCUAAUGGAUGUGGGAUGCAGGCCGACGUUGGUCCCCUGAUAGGAAAACUCGAAGUUCUACGCCAUCGACUAGCUUUGAUGUUACCAUGUCAAGCAGAUGUGGAUUGUCUUUUCUCCUCAAGUCAUGGAUGGUGGCUGAUCCAGCAACAUAUGAUGCCGCAUCUACCAGACUUAACAGAGAAUGACUUUCACGGGUUGUUCAAUGUCUCCGAUGGCUCAAAAGAACAUCCGUUAAAUAUAGCGAGACUACUUCUCUGUAUCGCGAUCUGCAUUCAGCAGCUUCCACCUAAUAUGGAUAUGCCAAAAUUACAAACUACAAAACCACUUCGAGACAUAAUGGGCGAUAUCAUUGACUUCCUCGUCCGAAACGUCACCUCUGAUGACGAGCUAAUUGGAAGUAUCGAAAGUAUCGAAUGUCUUUCACUUCAGGGAAUUUACGAAGUCAAUGCCGGCAAUCUUCGAAGGUCAUGGCUUUCAUUUCGGAAAGCCAUCGCGAUAGCUCAGCUUUUGGGUCUGCAUAGAGUGGCUGUCAAUUCGUCCCAGGAAGGGUUUGAUUUGAUGAAGACAAAAAGAUGGCAUCUAUGGUAUCAGGUAUCGAGAGGGGAACAUUAUCUCUCCACCCUACUCGGCGUACCGUCAGGUGCCGGCUCAGCAGCCUUUCCCUUUAACGAAGACGCUGCUUGGCUCUCCCCAGAAGAUGUUUACCAUAACCAGUUAUACCAUAUAGCUGGCCUCAUUCUGGCUCGUAACCAAGGAGAUUGUACUCAUUCCUUCUCCACUACUCAGAGAAUUGGUGAACAACUUGAUUCGCUCGCAGAGCAAAUGCUAUCAGUCUGGUGGGAAGUACCUUCCAGCAUACUAAAAAUUCGCACGAAAGAAGCAUCUGUCCAGUUUGAGCGAGUAAUGUGCCAAAUCUGGCAUUUCGAGCUAGCAACACUUUUGCAUCUACCAUUCAUGCUACGCGCGGCAACUGAUCGACGAUACGAAUUUUCGCACAUUUCUUGCCUAAAUGCAAGCCGAAACCUGAUUAAGAGAUGGAUUGCCAUUCGUGAAAACCAUGCUACGCUUCUCUUCUCCAAUCUCCUCGAACUCGAGGCUUUCACAGCAGCGACAACUCUUCUUCUAGGGCUCCUAGGCCCCCAAACAAGCACAAAUCAAGAAAUCCUACAAGAGCGGUACGAGGAUACUCAACUUAUAGAGACGGUUAUUCAUAAUUUCGAGAGACUCAAGCAGCAUGGUUCUAGGAUGUCUGUUGGUACUCAGAGUAUUUCGGUCAUUCGCACGCUUCAACGGUUCCUUCACGGAGGAAACCUAUCAGACAGACUGUGUCUUGAAAUCUCUUUUUUUUGA